CCAUACUUUAACAUGACAAAAUAUCGUCUGCAUCGUUUUAAUGUCUGGGAUCGAGGAGCAUUGGUAAAGCUCGUGUUCAAAAUUGGAGGUCAAGAAUAUGAAGAAGUCGCUCAUGAAUAUACAUCUUGGAAGCAGGGCACAUAUAGGGCAAUACAAAUACCAUUAGGAAAGUUGCCAUUGCUAGAAAUAGACGGAAAGACAUACACUCAGUCAGGAGCUCUUGCUGUAUAUUUAUCUAAACAAUUUGGUUUUUAUGGUAAAGAUGACAUUGAGAGGUUAAAGAUUGAUACAGUUACUGGUCUAAUGAAUGAUUUUUAUCCACUGGCGUUCCAAGCUCUGUAUUAUGAGAAAGAUGAACAAAUAAAGGCCAAAUUACAAGAAAGGCUAUAUUCGGAAGAUAUUCCCAAGUUUUACACAACACUGGAAAAAAUACUAGCAGAAAAUAGAACGGGAUAUUUUGUGGGCUCCAGUCUUUCUCUCGCUGAUAUUGAAAUAUAUGAUGCUACCACCAUGCUUUUAUCUUUUAAUUCUGAUAUCAUUAAAGACUAUGAUUUGGUACAACAGAUCGUGAAGAAAGUUGAACAGCAUUCUAAUCUUGUUAAAUAAAUUAUUCAUGAUUAUUAAAUUCGUGUUUAUCUCCUUAUUUUAAUUAUGACCCUCGAUCACACAACACCCCUUAAUUAUCCGUCCCCAGUAACACAAAAUUAGAAACUUUAAUUUAUGUAGCCGAAAAUACAACAAAUAAUAAUAUGUACAAUAUCAAAAUUAUUUUAAAAAACUCUAGUAAUAAAUGGAUUAAUAAAUAAACUAAGGAAAUUGUAUUCAACACAUAACAAUCCGCUUACAUGAGAUUUCAAACUCAGAAACAAAGGUCGUGGGCAAAAGUAGAGUUGACUGUACAAAGUUUACUAAACUAAUGACCAAAUACCAAGACAGAAGAAAACUAUUUACAAGUGAUCACUAAAUUGUAAGAGAGAUUAAAUGGGCCAGAGAACUGAAUCUGAGUAAAAUUAUAAUGAAUUGUAAUUAAACUGAACAAAAUUAUAAUGAAUUGUUAUUAAACUGAACAAAAUUAUAAUGAAUUGUUAUUAAACUGAACAAAAUUAUAAUGAAUUGUUAUUAAACUGAACAAAAUU